AUGUCAAGCGGUUCUCCACCGGGGGCUAGCCCUCCGACCUCCCAGGCACCUCCCCCCGCAUCAUCAGCACCACCUCCCGCAUCGUCGGCGCCUUCUCCUGCACCGUCACCUUCCUCAGCACCACCGCCGCAGUCUAGCUCUCCGCCUCCGCAACCGUCGCCAGCGCCCCCACCUUCAACAAGCGCACCUGCACCAGCACCGCCAAAUUCAACACCAACCCCCGCUCCCCAGCCGCCUUCCACGCAACAACCCGCACCCUCGGCGCCUGCGCCGCCGCCAACAGAACCGUCUCGAAGCUCGGUCGUUGUGAUAGUAACAUCGACCCUAUCGCCCACUGAUGCCAACACUUCUACGCCGCCACCAAGCAAUGCGACCUCUUCCCCGUCAACCACCGUCUCAAAGCUGCCAACAUCCACUGCGGAGCCCAGCAGCGGCGGCCUCUCUCCAGGCGGUACUAUUGCCGUAGCCGUGGUGGUGCCUGUGGUGUCCGUGGCUUUAAUCAUACUUGCGCUACUUUUUUGGUGGAGAAAACGCAAGGCGAGAAAAUUGGCGGAAGAAGAAAGAAAGCGAGAGAUCGAGGAGUAUAGAUUCGACCCCAACAAUGACCCGACCCUUCCCGCUAUCGGGCUGACCAGAUACAACGACGAUACCGCAGCCAAGGAUGGCGAUACUGGGUAUCGCGGCUGGGGCACGACAUCGACCUCGCGCAAGUACUCGACGAACAUGUCGAGCGGACCCAGUAUGCCCGUUUCUGACAACGGCAGUCAACAGCCGUUCCGAUCUGGAUCUCCCUUAGACGACGGCGGGUAUUACCCUGAUGGCGGAAUUCGGCCAGAUUCCGGCGACUCAGAGACCAUCGGUGCGUUGCCUGCUUCCACUGUAGUGAACCGAACCGACAUUCAUCGCGGCCCGUCCAACGCAUCGUCUGGAUACUCCGCUGCCAACCAUUCCGACGUGUCGGAUGACUUCUCACCACCGGGUGCUCCUCCCGGAACUCAAUAUUAUGAAGAAAACCCGUACUAUAGCGACAUGCCCCAGCAAGGGCCCUAUGGGGACAAUUUGAACGCUGCGCCACCGGUGAUCCGAGAUGUCCAGGCUCGGCGGAACACACGUAUUGAAAGCCCGACGCUUAUCAAACAACUGAGCGCGACGCCCACCAUUCCCGCCCAGGGAGCCACCGCCUCACCAGUGUCUGAGAUCCUCGACCCUCAAGCCGCCCUGCGUGCGAACAAAGAGGUGUUCUUCUUUCGUCUGGAAAGGGAGAUUGAGAAGGUCAACGUGUUCUAUCUGCAAAAGGAGGCAGAGUUCUCCCUGCGCCUCAAGACAUUACUUGACAAGCAAAGAGUCGUUCAGUCAAAACGUUCCAUAUCAAAUUCGAAGGCUCCCGCCAAUUUCGUCACUUUGUUUGAAGGCUUUCAGCAAUUUGAUGGUGAUCUUAACAAGCUUCAACAAUUUGUUGAAGUAAAUGAAACUGCAGUCUCAAAGAUCCUUAAAAAGUGGGAUAAAACUUCCAAGUCUCGGACAAAAGAGCUGUAUCUCCAGCGUGCGGUAGAAGUACAGCCAUGCUUCAAUCGAGAUGUUCUAAGAGAUCUUUCAGACCGUGCAACCACAGCACGAUUGGAAUUAGAGGCUUGGGCUGAAGGUGAAAACAUACAGUUUGACACAUCUCACAGCGUGGAGCGAUCCAAUGUCCCAGAAGAAGAUGAUGUUGAUCUUCAUGCCCUACAUACUGCAUCAGCAGGUAAUCUUGCCAUUUUGCGAGAUUGGAUAUCCAAACUUCAAUUCUCUCAGGAUGCUGGACUUCGUGUUACCCGCAUAUUUUUGGCGGCAAUCAAUGAUUUCCCAGAUGAAGUACUCACCUUGCUCCUAGACACAGGCCUUGUGGACAUGCAUGCCCAGGAUGAUAUCAAUGAAAGGAGCUGUUUACAUGAGGCCGCUAUUUCUGGUCGGGGGUUUGUCUUGAAGGCUGCACUCGAGCGUGGAGUUGAUGUUUCCCAUACCGAUGUCUACGGCAGAAUACCGCUGCACUAUGCAUGUAUGCAUGGCCGGGUAGAGAUGGUCUGUGCAUUGGUUGAUGCCGGCCCGCCCACGGUGGAUUUUAUGGACCAUGAUAACUUCACACCAUUGAUACAUGGCAUUAUCCGGGAUCAGCUACCUUGUGUAGAACAGCUUCUCUCUCGCAAUGCGCGCAUCAAUCCGUCGUCGGAAUCGGAUCAUAUUCCACUAAAUCUGGCAUGCCAGCAUGCCUCUUUACCAAUAAUACGGAUGCUCUUGGAGCGAAAUGCCGAACUUCUUCCGGACGCUGAAGGGUUAUACCCUCAACAUCUGGUUGCGCGUUCGUGUCGCGCCCCUGAUGUAAUACUUCUUCUCAGGGAUCACGGGGCUGAUCUUGAUCAAAAAGACAAACUCUACCAAUGGACACCAUUGUUUCAUGCCGCUAGCGAAGGAUGCGUUGCGUGCCUGCGGACUUUACUAGACAGUGGUGUUGAUGCCGAUGCGCUUGACGAAAAGAAUUUGCCUGCCAUGUAUUACGCUGUUUGGGAAGGCCACCUAGAGUGCAUGAUCCUUCUAUGGUCAAGAAAAGCAGGACCGAGGCUUAGCCAGGCACCCCCUAAUUCUCUCAAUGGGCCAAAUUUCCGUGACGCUGGCUCUAUGACAUCUCCUACUCUCGCAGAACGCCCCGGCCCGGGAAGUAUGGAAGGAGAUGGUAUUCCAGAUCUGUCUCUGCCUCCUCCUAUUAUUCCGCUCCGUCGCUACGGUCACAAUUUCUUGGAUAAUAAAACAUUCAUCCAGAUUUGCUUUGACUCAGCCCCAUCUGAAUCAAUCGUGUUUUACCAAGCUGGCCGCUAUGCUGCCGCCCGACUUGCCAUAUCCUCGAAACUUUCUGAUUUAAUUCCGCGAAAUAUCAUGCUGCCGUUGCAAGAGGAUUCUAGGGUUGUUUCAUUCCAAAUAGACCGGCUAGAUACCUUUGCUCUAGAGUUUGAGAUUUUUCCUACGUUUGGCUCGAAGGUAAUCGCGAAAACUGUCGCUUUGCCAAACCUAUUCUCUACCGGAAAUCGAAGUUCUGGGGCAUGUUGCUUGCCUCUUUUCGACCCAAGGCUACGGCCAAUCGGCGAAAUUAAAUUUUGUUUCCAGGUAAUCAAGCCAUAUUAUGGGGAACCACUUGAAAUCACACACUUCGCGACCUAUUGGAAAGCCACCAGUGCUCUUGAUUCCGAUCACAAUGGCCAAAUCACCGGGUCGAGCCUCUCUGGGGACUAUGUCCAACUCUUUAUUCAACUAACAAGGGAUAAUAUUCCGGUAUUAUGUCCAGAGUUCACCAUCAAGCACCAUGGAAUUGAGAUUCCCGUUUGUCGUCUCACCUAUGACCAAUUCAAGGUCGUGGGGCGUGAGCGUCAUAACCAGAAUAAUUCAGCAGAAUCCUUAUUACGUUCACUGGAAGCACUAAGUGUUGAUGACCUUGCGCAUGCUCACCGCUUACUUGCAACCUCCUUUUUAUCUUUGCAGGAAGUUCUCGCACACCUUUCGACAAACAUCCAUGUCAACCUUUGCAUUUUGUAUCCAUCUGCCACAGACGAAAACGAGUUCAGCCUUGGCCCUCCAACAGAUGUGAAUAUUUUCGCCGACUCUAUUCUCACAGAAGUCUUCAAUCAUGCCAGGGCCUCAAAGGAAAAUAAUCCAUACUUUAUGCGCUCCGUUGUUUUUACUUCAUACAACCCGAAUAUAUGCAUUGCUUUGAAUUGGAAACAACCGAAUUACCCUGUACUUCUUUGCAAUGAUCUAGGCCAAAUCCGAGAUCUCACCCGAGACUCCAUGACACAGUCGCCAAUCUGCUGUAGCGGACGCGCUUCAAUGUCUGUCAAGGAAGCAGCUCGAAUUGCACAGGGUAACAAUUUCAUGGGUUUGAUGUGUCGGUCUAGUUUGUUGAACGUAAUGCCCGCUCUUAUCGAAUCCGUUAAAGAACAAGGUCUCGUCCUGGUUGCAGAUACAUCUGAUGAAAGUGGAGAAAGGAGCCGACCAGUACCUCCCAUGGGAGCUGAAUGGGCGUAUCGCAUGCCUACUGGUGUCAACGGCGUAAUGAGAGGAACCGGUAUUCUACGAUUCAACGAUACCAUUGACAUGUGA